UAUAAAUAGAUGGAAAACCAUUUUAAACUUUCUUCCGGGUUUUAUUCCAAUGAAACAUUUUGUUAUUGUACAGUUGUGGUCAGUAUGGAAUGUAGUUAUGAGCCAAAGGUAAAAUACCGAAGAACAUUAUCUGAAACAUCCACCACUGAAUUAUUCUUCAGGGAUUUUGAAGAAAAGAAAUUAAAUUUCAGCUUGUGUGAAACGGAAGUUCAAGAAAUCACUAGUUCCGUCUAUAAAAUAGUAAAUAGAGUAUUGGCAAAAGUAUCGGAUCAUGAUAACAGAUUUACAUUUUCUGAAAUAAUCAAACUAGGCAGUAUUGCAGAAGUAACGAAGUUGAUUGAACCCAAUGAAUUUGACUAUUUAUGCGUUUUAAAAGAUUUUUCAAAUCCAGAUAUGGUCAGAUGUAGAAAGGUGUGUUCACAUAAUCCAGGACAUGCACAUAUUUUCAUUGAGGACAAAUCCUUAUUGCGGAGGUGGGAGGAUUUUAUUGAUGAAGGUCAACUGCUUGCAAAUAAGAUUUUUGCUGAAAUUUCUAGUAUAGCUAAUACCAUCUAUAUGAACAUGGUGAAAGAACAAACAAAAAUUAAGGUCGAUACAAGUUUUGGUCAUCUCCAUUUUGGAGGAUUUUCAGUUACAGACGGAGGUCCAAAUACAGUUUUUCAUAUGUACUGGAUCCCUGUUAAAGAAGGACAGAAACUUGACAUAUGUGUUGAUGUUUCGCCAGCUAUUCGGUAUUUUGGGAUGGAGGAUAUAUCAUUGUCCCCUGUUUUUGCGACAAAAAGUGCGUUUCAAAAUUUAAACAGUGUUCUACUGGUUCCUGGUUUACUGCAUAAAACUGUAAACAAAUGCAUGGACAAAUGUUUUCGCAUUUCAUGCACCGAAAUCGAAGUUCAAUUAGUGAAAACUCUUUCUGAACAACACAUAAGCUGUUAUAAGAUAUUGAAAUACAUGAUCAGUUACAUAGGUCUAGAUUUGUCGGUUUCAAAUUUGAUGUAUCUCCCACUAAGUUCGUUCAUUCUCAAGAUGGCCGUCAUCCUACAUGCUGCUAAUUGUAAAGACCGACUGACAAAGAAGAAAUGUAUGGAUGACAUCGUCGAUUUUAUUCUUGCUUGCCUCAUGCCAGAUGACCGUCAAAAACCCUUUAUGCGAAACAUUUUUUUAAAAGAACAUAAUUUGCUCUUUAAAUUAGAAUUUAUUCAGCAACAUGACAUUACAGCAAUGAAUUUUCUAAUGCAUAUUCAAGUAUUAACAGGCUUGUAGUAAUUUCAGCGAAAACUUGAUGAAGAACAUCCUUUACAUUACAACUAUGAUAAGUGCUAUGAGCUGCUUGAGAUUUUAGUAAAACGUUUAGAAGAGGUGAAAGGUGACAUCUAUAGAACCUUUUACGCGCACUAUAAAGCUCACGGAAGGUGGAAUUUUGUAAAUGGUUCCGCUCGUGAACUCGUUGAUUUGUUCGAAUACCCAGUUCCAAUUUUCCGCCAAUAAAAUCGUAUUCAGAAACUCGACUAGUUUUACAGGAUAAGACAGAGUUUCUCUCAUAAACAAACAUACCUCAUAUUUGUUGCUAAAUGGUAUGUGGGCUUAAAAGGACCACUUAAUAAAAUA